AUGAGUUCCCACCAGCAGAAGCAGCCCUGUGUCCCACCUCCACAGCUUCAGCAGCAUCAGGUGAAACAGCCCUGCCAGCCUCCUCCCCAGGAACCAUGCAUCCCCCAAACCAAGGAGCCGUGCCACACCAAAGUGCCAGAGCCCUGCCACCCCAAGGUUCCGGAGCCCUGCCACCCCAAGGUUCCGGAGCCCUGCCACCCCAAGGUUCCGGAGCCCUGCCACCCCAAGGUUCCGGAGCCCUGCCACCCCAAGGUUCCGGAGCCCUGCCACCCCAAGGUUCCGGAGCCCUGCCACCCCAAGGUUCCGGAGCCCUGCCACCCUAAGGUUCCGGAGCCCUGCCACCCCAAGGUCCCGGAGCCCUGCCACCCCCAGGUUCCGGAGCCAUGUCCUUCACCAGUCGUCCCAGGGCCAGCUCAGCAGAAGACCAAGCAGAAGUAA